CAAGUAUUGCCUAGCUGUUUGCUAGCAUAAUGAAGUUGCUGUUGUUGCUGUUGCUGUCAUCGCAGCUAUUUGCUGCUGAUGGGCGGCGCUCCCCGCUGUAUCGGGUGCCAUUGAGUCGGUUCGCUUCGGUGCGGCAUCGCUUUCAGCAGUUCGGCAUACGCAUGGAUCGACUGCGUCUCAGGUACAGCAGCUGGGCGAACGAGAAUGAGGCAAAAAGUGUGCCACUGAGCAACUAUCUGGAUGCACAAUACUUUGGCCCCAUUAGCAUUGGCACACCUCAGCAGACGUUUAAUGUCAUCUUCGAUACGGGCUCAGCGAACCUGUGGGUGCCUUCCGAGUCGUGCCACAAGAAGCUCGCCUGCCAGAUACACAGUCGCUUCAAUGCCAAAUUGUCGAGCAGCUACAAGUCGAUGGGCAAACGCUUCGAUAUACAAUACGGCUCCGGCCGUCUCGCCGGCUAUCUGUCGCACGACACGGUGCGCGUAGCUGGACUGGAGAUAAGGAAUCAAACGUUUGCGGAGGCCACGGAUAUGCCGGGACCCAUAUUUCUGGCUGCCAAGUUCGAUGGCAUCUUUGGCCUCGCCUAUCGCGGUAUCUCCAUACAGAACAUCAAGCCGCCUUUUUAUGCCAUCAUGGAGCAGAAUCUGCUGAAGCGCCCCGUCUUCUCUGUGUAUCUCAAUCGCGCGCCCAAGAGUCGUCGCGAGGGUGGUUAUCUCUUCUUCGGGGGCUCCAGUCCACGUUAUUAUCGUGGCAACUUCACCUAUGUGCCUGUCACGCAUCGCGCCUAUUGGCAGAUAAAGCUGGAGGCGGCGCGCAUUGGCCAGCUGCAGCUGUGCCUGAAUGGCUGUCAGGUAAUUAUCGAUACGGGCACCUCGUUUAUCGCCGUGCCCUACGACCAGGCGAUGCUCAUUAAUGAGUCAAUAGGUGGAACGCCCGCUGCUUAUGGCCAAUUCUCGGUGCCCUGCGAGCAGGUGCCUCAUUUGCCCAUACUGACUUUCAUCCUGGGCAGCCGUCGCUUUGAGCUCAAGGGUACGGAUUAUGUGUUCCAUGAUGUAUUCCCGGAUCGCACUGUCUGCGCUUCAGCUUUCAUCGCCGUUGAUUUGGCGUCGCCCAGUGGACCGCUUUGGAUAUUGGGCGAUGUAUUUCUCGGCAGAUAUUAUACAGAAUUUGACAUGGGCAAUCAUCGCAUUGGCUUCGCCGAUGCCAUCAGUUGAAGCUGCUUCUUGUGUGUUCCUUUUCUGUUUUUUAUGUGUUUUUUGUCUUGCUUGUUAAAUGGCUGCCAUGACAGCGAAAAGUCUGCGCAGUUGACACAAAUUUAAGGCAACAGAAAACGGCAUUUUAUUAUUUUAUUACCUGCUCGAAGCGGCAAACAGGCUCAGACCCAGGCACAGGCCCAGCCACAACCACACAGGCCAUUCCGACCGGUCGUAUUGCGUAUACGCCAUGCUGACGUCAAAUGUCCGCCAAGCUGCGUGGGCGGAAGCUAAUCAAAACUCGCUCCCAGCAAUCAUAGCAAGUGAAGCCCGUGACGAAAGACAGCAGCGGAGUUUUGGUAGCGCCUGAGAGCUUUGCGGAGUUGUACAGCUGUAAUUGAUUUACCAAGAAAUAAACAAUGUCCUUUGCCACAUCCUGCA